AUGUCCUCAUCCCCAACAUCACCAACAACAGGCAGCAUCACCCUCCUCCCUCAACCCUCAUCAUCAUCACCAACAGUCUCCCUCACAUCUCUCUCCAAGCUCUACUCCUAUGCCCGCUCCUCACCUUCUCCGAGUGACACCCUACACCCCCAUGUAAAAGAGGCAGUAGAAGUGAUUGAAGCUGCUUUAGAGGAACAUGGAGAGGAGAAUGUGGCUCUAAGCUUUAAUGGAGGGAAAGACUGCACCGUCCUCCUCCACCUCCUCGCCGCUGUCCUGUUACACCGACAUCCUCCGCAGUCCAGUAGCACCCCUCCCUGGCCUGCCAUUCCCUCGAUCUACGUCUCCCAGCCCUCCCCCUUCCCGCUCAUGGAGUCCUUCGUCCACAGCUCCACAUCCUACUACUCCCUCUCCCUCCUCCUCACACGGCACAAAUCCAUGAAGUCUGCUCUCUCGGCCUACCUCUCCCUCCGCCCAUGGACAAAAGCCAUCAUGGUCGGUACGCGGAGGCAGGAUCCUCAUGGGCGUGAACUACGGUUUAGGCAGAUGACAGACCCCGGCUGGCCGGCAUUCGAGCGCAUACAUCCGGUGAUCAAUUGGGGAUAUGCCGAGGUCUGGUGGUUCCUACGAGAGUGGGAAGUCCCCUAUUGUCAAUUGUACGACUUGGGAUAUACCUCGCUCGGCUCGACGUAUAACACGUUCCCGAAUCCGGCCCUCGCGGCCAAGGGGGGAUAUAGGCCGGCGUAUGAGUUGGAGGAUGAGAGUCUGGAGAGGGCGGGGAGGGAAGAGGGCAGGUCGCCUGUUCUUGUACAGCGGCAGUUACAGGAUGCACAGGCUGAGCAGGGGAAGUGGGAAGUGGACGGGGUGGAAGGGCAUGGGGGGAUGAACGGGAGUGUUCUGCACCCCCCAGAGGCUGAGGAGUCAGGGGAGGUAGUUGCUGGGGAGAAGGGGGAGGUGCUGGUCAAUGCGGAGAUGGAGGAGCAGGAGGACGAAGACGAUACGGGCUCGUUGUGAACGUCUUCCAGGAGGGGCAUGUAUGCACGGGCGGACUCUUGUAAGGGACGCGAGUCCUAAGUUAAA